UUAGGGAUCGCGAUUCACUCCAUAAAACAAACCGGCCACACUUGAUUUUUGAUCUCAAGUCAUUUAAAAAUUAAUUUAUAGUUAAUUAAUUAAACUACUUGAUUUGAUUUAAUGGCUCCCCCAAAAAAAGAAGGUGGUUCUUCGUCUUCCACUGCAGUUGCUACGGAAGGAAGUGCCACUGGUCAACCGCAACAACAAGUUAUCAACCUUAACUUACUCGAGUUACCGCAACUUCAACAAUUUAAGACUCAGGUGGAACAGGAACUCAACUUUUACCAAGAUGCCGUAGUCCAGUUGAAAGAUGUCCAGGUCAAAAUGUCCGAGUCUCAGUCAUGUCUCAAGAAAAUAAGCGCACAGGACAAAGAAAUGCUCGUUCCUGUUACGGGAUCGAUGUUUGUCCGCGGCGAGUUGACCGAUGUGAAUAAAUUAAUGAUUGAUAUUGGGACCGGAUACUAUGUGGAGAAGAACUUGGAAGAAGCCUUGAACUAUUUCGAACGGAAAGUAAAAUUUCUUCAAUCCCAAAUUGAAAAGGUCCAGGUUGUUGGGAGAGAAAAGACGCAAAUUCGGCAAGCGAUUUUAGAGAUAAUGGAAGCGAAAAUUCAAGCCCUUCAUUCUGCAGGAAAACUCCAAGUUACUCAAGCGAAAUAACACAGUUCACAUUAAUUAAUUGAUUAAUUAUUGAAUUUUUUAACAGUUUAUAUACCCAAAUAACUGGAAACUGGAUAAUAAUAGGGCAAUGUUAUCUAAUUAAUAAUUACGAAAUAAUAUCUUUCCAAGAUGUGAACUAUUUUGACGAUAAUUUGCAUGCAACAAUAUGUAUUAGAAAGAAUCACCAUAAUAUUAUGUGAAAUCAUGAUCGCUUCAAUCAAUUUCCUAAAACUAUGAGUAUUUGUUUACCUUAAACCUUAACUAUUCGCUAAAAAUGAUUUAAACUUUAUGAAUUAAAUCAUGAAUAAUAACCACUGUA